AUGUUUUCCAGAGUUUUUGUUCGUUCUAUGGCAGCUUCUGCCAAGGCUGGUGUUAAGCCUCCAGUUCAAUUGUUUGGUCUAGAUGGUACCUAUGCCACCGCCUUGUUUACUGCUGCUUCCAAGACUACUUCUAUUGAAUCUGCUGCUUCUUCUUUGAACGCUUUGAAGGAGACUGUUUCUAAAGAUGCAAAGUUGGCCACCAUUUUGGAAAACCCAGCUUUGUCCGCCGAGGACAGAGCUGUUGUUGCUGACACAUUAUCUAAGAAGAUCAACUUGGACCAAUCUGUACAAAACUUGCUAAAGGUUUUGGCUGAAAACAACAGAUUGUCCUUGUUGCCAGAUGUUAGUGCUCAAUUCUCUAAGUUGACCGACGCAUACAACGGUUUGAUCCAAGCCACAGUCACUACUGCUCAACCAUUGGACUCCAAGCUAUUCAAGAGAGUGGAAAAGGCAUUGGCUGCUUCCUCCUUGGUCGGUAAGGGUAAGACCUUGAAGUUGGAAAACGUUGUCAAGCCAGAAAUCCAAGGUGGUUUGAUUGUUGAAGUUUCUGACAGAACUGUCGACUUGUCUGUUGCUAACAAGAUAAACAAGUUGAACCAAGUUCUAAGAGAAGCUAUCUAA